GAACCUUCCGAGGAGUGUGCAAGAAAAUCGACCACUUCCCUGAGGAUGCGGAUUAUGAGCAAGACACGGCCGAGUAUCUGCUCCGCGCGGUGAGAGCGUCCAGCAUCUUCCCCAUCCUCAGUGUGGGUCUACUGUUCUUCGGGGGCCUGUGCGUGGCAGCCAGCGAGUUCUACAAGAGCAAACACAACGUCAUCCUCAGUGCCGGCAUCUUCUUUGUCUCUGCAGGUCUCAGCAACAUCAUCGGGAUUAUAGUCUACAUCUCGGCCAACGCGGGGGACCCAGGGCAGAGCGACUCCAAGAAGAGCUACUCCUACGGCUGGUCCUUCUACUUUGGAGCGCUGUCCUUCAUCAUCGCAGAGAUGGUGGGGGUGAUCGCCGUGCACAUGUACAUCGAGAAGCACCGCCAGAUCCGUGCCAAGUCCCACUCAGAGCUGCUGAAGAAGUCGGCCUUCACCCGCCUCCCUCCCUACAGGUACCGCUUCCGCCGGCGGUCCAGCUCUCGCUCCACCGAGCCCCGGUCCCGGGACAUGUCGCCCGUCAGCAAGGGGUUCAGCACCAUCCCCUCCACCGACAUCUCCAUGUUCACCCUCUCCAGGGAUCCCUCCAAGGUCACCAUGGGGACACUGCUUAACUCGGAGCGGGACCACGGUUUUUUACAGGUCCAUAACUCCAUCCCCAAAGAGUUCAAGGAGUCUUUGCACAACAACCCGGCCAACAGACGAACCACGCCGGUCUGAGGCGGGCAGGGGCAUUUUGUCAGGCUGCAUGACAUCAUCCUCGUGACGGUGUAACCCGUGAAAUCCUGUUUUUAAGGACAAACCCAGAUGGCUCCCCGUGCCCCUACCCACGGGGCUGGUUUUUCACUCCCGAAAUGCCACUGGCCAGGCCAGGCCACUGCGCCCAUGGUGAGACCGGGACCCCCGC